UCUUAUUCCCACCCAUCUAGGUACACGCUGUUUAUUGUACUGUAUCCAAUGGGAGUCACUGGAGAGCUACUUACAAUAUAUGCAGCCCUGCCUCAUGUUCGAAGGACUGGCUUGUAUUCUGUGACCCUGCCAAACAAGUUUAAUAUUUCCUUUGACUAUUACACAGUCCUGAUCCUGGUCAUGAUUUCCUACAUUCCAAUCUUUCCACAGCUUUAUUUCCACAUGCUCUGCCAGAGGAGGAAGGUCCUAACCACCACAGAUGACAGCAAGAAGAAUGAGUAGCUGCAGCCCCCUUCUUACUUGAAAGGGGUGGGGGGUGUGGGGUUUUGGGGGCAAAGGGAACCUUGACCAGACUCUCCUUCCUCUGGAUCAUUGUUACCUCCUGAAGAACUCGAGCAAUGUAAUUUGGUAUUUUUUUGAUUGGAUGUCUUUGUGACUAAGUGUUCAAUUCUCAAAGGGUCAAGGGUAUUGUUGAUCAUCUGAAACUGGACCUCCAAACCUGAAUUUAGUUUGUGGUAGUAAUGCAUUCAGUGAAAGGGAGAGGUAACAUAAGUGGGGAAAAUUCAAACUUCGUAAACUCAACAGGGCCUGAGGAAUGAUAUCCAAAUGGAUCUCAAAUCGCACAUUGCAUCUUCAGUUGCAUUACUUCCAUUUUCGUUCCCCUGGAUGGAAAAGUCCUUUGACUCCCAGGGUCUGAAACAGAAGGGAACUUGCCUCCAUAUGUUUCACUAAGUGGAGAUCAAGCAGCAGCUGGUGAGACCUGCUAAAUGUCUUGAGUUUUCCAGGGUAAGAUACUUCUCUUAUGUUAAGGACUGACCUUAAGGUUGGCCAGAGUAUUAAGGUUUCAACACCCUUGGAAAAGAUGCCAAGAGGAAUGUGUUAAUGUAGCCCUAUUUA